GUCUUCAGCCCGCGAGCCCCACGCUGAGUGAAGUACGCAUCUAUUGCCUGCGACGGUGCCCCAGGGCCGCAUCCCCAUCCAGCUGUAACACUGCGUGCGUGCGUGCGUGCGUGCGUGCUUCGCUGCCUCGGCUGCACCUUCCCCCCAUCCAUCGAAGAUCCAUCUCCACCACAUCUACAAAGUGUUGCGACUGUCAACACCACGAGCGAGUGCGACGCGCCCAUCUCCGCAGGCCAUUAUUGACGCCGCACACUGCACCGCCACACAGCGCGCACUCGGGCUGUUGGGCCUGCAUCGCACUGCACCGCCACGCCCGCGGCUGCGCCGAUUCGAGCGCCGACUUCACCUCCGAGCGCCGACCGCCUCUACUUCUGCCCCGUGCGCGAGCGCGCCUAGACGACCAUCAUGGGCGUCAUCAAGAAGAAGACGGGGACGCGUGGCACCGAGGGCGGCAUCAAGUAUGUCUGCGACGUGUGCUCGUCUGACAUCACAUCUACGGUGCGCAUCCGCUGCGCCAACGACGACACCUGCCACGAAUAUGACCUCUGCGUGCCGUGCUUUUCCGACGGCAAGGCCUCGCGCGACCACAACCCUGCGACCCACUCGUUCAAAGUUGUUGAGCAGCACUCCAUACCAAUAUACACCGAGGACUGGGGCGCAGACGAGGAAUUGGCAUUGCUCGAGGGUGCCGAGACAUACGGCUUGGGCUCAUGGGCAGACAUUGCGGACCACAUUGGCGGCUUCAGGGAGCGAGACGAGGUCCGCGACCACUAUAUCGACACGUACGUACAGAGCUCCAAGUUCCCGCUGCCGGAGCAUGCCAGCAAGGACGACACCGCGCUCAGCGAGCGCAUGCCUCGGGCUGAGUUCCAGGCGCGGAAGAAGAGAAGGAUAGAAGAAAAGAAGGAAGAGGCCAAGAAUGCAGCACCCGCAACACCAAAGCAGAAGCCCACUGCCAGUGUGCCGUCAUGUCACGAGGUCCAAGGCUACAUGCCUGGUCGACUGGAGUUCGAAACCGAGUACUUCAAUGAAGCCGAAGAGGCGGUCCAGCACAUGUCAUUCGACCCUGGCGAUGGUAUCAACCCCAGGACUGGCGAAAUGGAGCCGGAGAUGGAGCUGAAAAUGACCAUCAUGGACAUCUACAACUCGCGGCUGGAUGCUCGAGUGGAACGAAAGAAGAUCAUCUUCGAGCACAAACUCCUGGAGUAUAGGAAGAAUCAGGCGGCCGACAAAAAGCGCACAAAGGAAGAGAAAGAUCUAAUGAACAAGGCGAAGCCCUUUGCACGGAUGAUGAAGCACGAGGACUUCGAGACCUUCUGUAAGGAUCUCGAGUACGAGCACAAUCUGCGUCAAGCCAUCUCUCAGCUGCAGGAAUGGAGAAACAUGCAGAUCACGAAUCUGAAAGCUGGCGAGAAGUACGAACAGGAAAAGCAGACACGGCAGUCUCGUGGUCCACCAAUCGGCCAGUUCGACCGCCUGGCUUCGAGUAGGAUUGGCAAGCCGACACCUCCCUUCGAGCAACCUUCUGCAGCAACAGCCUUGAUUGGCUCCGAAUUACCGCUCCACAUCAAGCAGAGAAGCGGUCUCACAACACCACCCUCAGACAAGACCACAAAUGGCACAAAUGGCGUCUUAACUCCGCAACACCCCAAGACAAAGUUCCCGGUCAAGCCACUCCCAGGCACAGUGCCUCUGAAGUUUGGCAAGGAGUCUGCAGCUGAUCUUCAGCUGUUGACGCCGGAAGAGCGUGAAAUGUGCAGUGCGCUGCGCAUCAUGCCAAAGCCAUACAACGCGCUUAAGGAGAAGAUGGCGCGCGCGGCAUUAAACAACAACGGAGCCCUCAGUAAGAAAGAAGCAACAGAGCUUCUGACCAUUGAUCAGAAGAAGUCCAAGGUCUUGUAUGAGUAUUUUGUGCACAGCGGGUGGAUUGCGAGGGCGUGAGCGCCCUGCCACAGGUUGGAGACGGUCUGAUUGUGAAACGGCGUUGUGAGGUGACUGUGGAAUACCCAGGCUGGACGGCGUUGGGGGUUUCAUGUGGAUAUCAGUGGCUUCGGUACCUUUGUUGAUAUUCGAGUAUGAAUAUACUUUUGCCCAUGA